AUGACUUGUGGAUCUUAUUGUGGCCGCGCCUUCAGCUGCGCCUCUGCCUGCGCGCCCCGGGCCGGCCGCUGCUGCAUCACCGCCGCCCCCUACCGCGGCGUCUCCUGCUACCGCGGCCUCACUGGGGGCUUCGGCAGCCGCAGCGUCAGCGGGGGCUUCCGCGCCGGCUCCUACGGCCGCAGCUUCGGCUACCGCUCUGGCGGUGUGGCCGGGCUCAGUGCCCCCUGCAUCACUACCGUGUCCGUCAAUGAGAGCCUGCUCACGCCCCUCAACCUGGAGAUCGACCCCAACGCCCAGUCCGUGAAGCAGGAGGAGAAGGAGCAGAUCAAGAACCUCAACAGCAGGUUUGCUGCCUUCAUUGACAAGGUGCGCUUCCUGGAGCAGCAGAACAAGCUGCUGGAGACCAAGUGGCAGCUCUACCAGAACCGCAGAUGCUGUGAGAGCAACCUGGAGCCUCUGUUCAAUGGCUACAUCGAGACACUGAGGCGGGAGGCCGAGUGCGUGGAGGCCGACAGCGGGAGACUGGCCUCUGAGCUCAACCACGUGCAGGAGGUGCUGGAGGGCUACAAGAAGAGGUAUGAGGAGGAAGUUUCCCUGAGAGCUACAGCUGAGAAUGAGUUUGUGGCUCUGAAGCAGGACGUGGACUGUGCCUACAUUCGCAAGUCAGACCUGGAAGCCAAUGCAGAGUCUUUGACCCAGGAGAUUGACUUCCAGCGGCGACUGUAUGAGGAGGAAUUCCAGGUCCUCUCUGCCCAAAUCUCUGAUACUUCAGUCAUUGUCAAGAUGGACAACAGCAGGGAUCUGAACUUGAACAGCAUCAUCGCCGAGAUCAAGGCUCAGUACGACGACAUUGCCAGCCGCAGCCGGGCUGAGGCUGAGUCCUGGUACCGCAGCAAGUGCGAGGAGAUAAAGGCCACGGUGGCCAGGCACGGGGAGAGCCUGCGCCGCACCAGGGAGGAGAUCAAUGAGCUGAACCGUGUGAUCCAGAGGCUGACGGCUGAGAUUGAGAAUGCCAAGUCCCAGAAUUCCAAGCUGGAGGCUGCAGUGACCCAAGCUGAGCAGCAGGGCGAGGCGGCCCUCAACGAUGCCCGCUGUAAGCUGGCUGGGCUGGAGGAGGCCCUGCAGAAGGCCAAGCAGGACAUGGCCUGCCUGCUGAAGGAGUACCAGGAGGUGAUGAACUCCAAGCUGGGCCUGGACAUUGAGAUCGCCACCUACAGGCGCCUGCUGGAGGGCGAGGAGCAGAGGCUGUGUGAGGGUGUUGGCGCUGUGAAUGUCUGCGUCAGCAGUUCCCGCGGUGGUGGCAUCGUCUGUGGCGAUCUCUACACCUCCAGUACUGCCCCUGUUGUCAUCCAAGGCGUCUCCAGUGCCCCCAGCAACAGCAACGUGGUGGUGAGCACCACCAAUGCCUGUGCCCCCUCCUCUGGGGCCAGUGCCUGCCGUGUUAGCUGUAAGAGAUGCUAGGAGGCUGCAGCCUCAGCGAGCGGGCGUCACUGUCACCCUCCACCCAGCCAGGACCUCAUGCAACUGGAAUGCACCUCCCGCUGCCACAAGCCCUGCCAGCCUCCCAAGAACCAGUCGCCAGAUGUGUACUUUCUCAUACCCUGUCUAUCUGCUCCCCUCUGUCCUGGGGAGGCUGGGCCUCUUUCUGUAGCCUUUCCCAGUAGUCAAUUUGUUGUGUUGAUGACUCUCUUUUUCUUCCACCUUCUGUUAUUUGCUCCUGCCUGAUACCUUCGCUCAAGCUUGGGGGAAGAGGGCGGGGCCCCCCCCAAAUCUCCCUGUCUGCUCCUCCUGAAAUCUGCCAGCAUGCUUCUGCCUGUGGAAUGGAGAUGGGGAACAUCGAUGGUGGUUUUUCUGUAACUCUGUGGGGGACAUGAUCUGUGAGAAAGGAGAGUGCCCCCACCCUUCCAGGGCUGUCUGCAGAAGCUUCUAGAAAGCCAAUGACUCAACUGCAUGUUUGCCUUUGUUUCACUCUGUGUUUCCAAUAAACUAAUUGUAGCUAAUCAAACCUGGUGCCUCAGAGUCUUGGAAAUGCCAGUGCUUCCCUGUGAUAGGUAGUCCCUGCCAGCGAUUUCCUCAGGACCUCUCCAUCUCCCUAGUUAUUUUUCAGUAGGUGAAAAUGACUGCAGUAGAUGCUGCCCAUGUGGCCUUGAGCAACACAAGCCUUGGCGUAAACAACGGAAGGCUCCCGGAGGCA